CCGCUCCAGAACACGCUCACCCUGCAGUUCCUGCUCCGGCAUCUGGGGAAGGUAUCACAGCAGGCCGAGAGCAACAACCUUCACCCUCGGGCCCUGGGAGAGAUCUUCGGCCCCCUUCUCCUCCGGCUGCCUGGCGCCAGCCCAGAGAUGAGCCCUGACUUCUCCGUGCUGUUUUUAGAGAUGCUUCUGCAGACAAAGGAGUUGGAGCCGGAACAGUUGCCUCCAGCCUUGCCUCCAAAACCUCCUAAGCCAAAGCCCAGCGCGGCCAGCUUGGCCAACGGGAACAGCGUGCCCUUGCAGGACGCUGAGUGGUACUGGGGUGACAUUUCCAGGGAGGAGGUGAACGAGAAGCUGCGGGACACGCCAGACGGUACCUUCUUGGUGCGCGAUGCCUCCAGCAAGAUCCAGGGAGAGUACACGCUCACGCUCAGGAAGGGAGGCAAUAACAAGCUGAUCAAGGUCUUUCACCGGGAAGGCAAGUACGGCUUCUCAGAGCCCCUGACGUUUGGCUCAGUCGUGGAGCUCAUCACCCAUUACCGGCACGAGUCGCUCGCCCAGUACAACGCCAAGCUGGACACCAGGCUGCUCUACCCCAUCUCCAAGUACCAGCAGGACCAAGUGGUAAAAGAGGACAGCGUGGAAGCUGUUGGGGAGCAGCUGAAGGUCUAUCACCAGCAGUACCAGGACAAGAGCUGGGAGUACGACUUGCUCUACGAGGAGUACACGCGCACUUCCCAGGAGCUGCAGAUGAAGAGGACGGCAAUCGAAGCCUUCAACGAGACGAUCAAGAUCUUUGAAGAGCAGUGUCAGACGCAGGAGAAGUGCAGCAAGGAGUACAUCGAGCGCUUCCGCCGGGAGGGUAACGAGAAGGAGGUGCAACGGAUCCUCAUGAAUUCGGAGAAGCUCAAGUCUCGCAUCACGGAAAUCCACGACAGCAAGAUGAAGCUGGAGCAGGACCUGAAGAAACAAGCCUCGGAGAACCGGGAGAUCGACAAACGCAUGAACAGCCUCAAGCCAGACCUCAUGCAGCUGCGCAAACUGCGGGACCAGUAUUUGGUGUGGCUGACGCAGAAAGGUGCCCGGCAGAAGAAAAUCAACGAGUGGUUGGGCAUCAAGAACGAGACGGAGGAUCAGUACUCCAUGAUGGACGACGAGGAGGAGCUGCCCCACCACGAGGAGCGAACGUGGUACGUGGGGAAGAUCAACCGCUUGCAGGCGGAAGAGAUGCUGUGCGGCAAGCGGGACGGCACCUUCCUGAUCCGCGAGAGCAGCCAGAAGGGAUGCUACGCCUGCUCCGUGAUCACCCCGCUACGCAUCACUGUAGAGCUGGGUUCCCAGUUCCUCGGUGCUACAGUGUUGGUCACAGCCUCACCCGAGUGGCCGCCGAGCGCUGCCGUGGCCGAGGAGCUCCCUGCCUGGAUGCUGGAGGACGCUCCGCUACGCGUGUUCGUUCUUCGCUCUCGCUUCCCUCAGUGA